UGGGCGUGUCUAAAGCAGAUGAGCGUUCAGCCUGUUCUAUCUUUGUUUUCGUGUGGCAGACCUCAGCAGACAGAUAAGAGACGAAAGCAGAAGACGUAUCAAAGAUGUUUUCCAAAUCCACAAAGAACCUGUUGUCAGAGAUCGACCCAGAAGGCUCUUUGGUUCAUGUGUCUCGGUUGAAUGAUUCGGACAGUCUGGUUCCUUUGGCUCUCGUCAUCAAGCGCAACCGGUAUUGGUUCUGGCAGAAGCCGAAAUAUCUGCCAUCAGACUUCAAACUAUCUGAUGUUCUCGUUGGCGAUCCCAUAAAUCCAGUUGUGGUUGAAACAGACUUCAUGAGCUUUGACGGCAAAGUCGUGAACAACAAAAGUGGAAGUGUUGGAGCGGAUAUUGGGCCGGGGAGCAUUACUGUAGGGGGUGCCAACUCAUCCAAACUGGAGUCGUCCUUUGGAAACCUUAAAAAACAGGAGGUGGAUGUGCAGAAACUAUUACAGGAUUCCAAAGCUAGAGUUCUGGAUCUACAGCACUCUCUGGUCCAGCAGACACGAGAGAAACAGAGGGAGGUGCUGACAGUAGUGAAGGAACGUAUUAUCACCACUCAGCCCUGUACUGUCACUGAAGAACUGCAGAGGGAUGGCUCAUGUAAGGGGAUGCUUGGAUUCAAUCAGAAGAUAAAGGUGUCAGUGAAUGACAAAGGGAAGGAUAUUGUUGAUUAUGACACUAAUAUAUCUCUCAACAUUCCUCCUAAAACCAUCAUCGCUUACGGUGUGAUCGAGCUGGAGGUUUCUAACACUGGACACUUUGAGCUGUGCCUGCUGGGAAAUGUUCAGGGUGGUUUUGAGGUCGAUGCGCCGGUGAAGGUAAAGCAAGCAGUCCCAGUCGGCGCUUCACCAGGAAAAACCAGCAGCAAACUACAGAAAGACCUGCAAGAAGUACAGGGCCAGUUUAAGGUUCUCUCUAAACUUCCAGCCAACACACGAUCGUCUCUCUUCCAGCACAUCUCUGUGCACCUGCAGAACAGAUCAGCCAUCAGCGUGCUGGAGAACGCACUAGAGGUCUUGUGUGGUGGGACACAGCCGGAUUUCAGUAAAUUAGAUCAAGCAUCUGCUGUGCGGCCUACACUGGAACUGGUACAGAAAGCAGCUGGAAAGGGUCCCACCCAGACAACACCUUCUGGACCCCUUCAGCAAAACCCCACCACCGUUCUUACAGCCACCCACCUGCUUAUCGGCUCUUUAGAGGAGAUGAAUGACUCCACCCUGCUUGUGCUGAAAUCUUGCUGUACUCAUGUAACCCUGCAAGCUGUGCUUCAUAUCGUGCAAAAUAUGGCUUCGAAUAGGAAGUCUUCUUUGAAAGAUGAUGCCCUGGCUGUUUUAGCUGAUAAAAAAGUUUUCGAGAAGAUCAGAGAACUGUUUGGUUCAUGUAACGUGACCCUACGAAAGGAGAAAGAUUCACUCAUAACGGAAAUCAGUAACCCACAGGAUCGCCACCUCCUCAUGCUGUGCAUUGCAGUGAAGGGGCUGGCGUGUAUAGCGCCCCCUGCUUGACUGGAGUACAACAGCAGAGGCUAAAAUGAGCUUAUGGGGACCAGGGGCUUUUAGCAAACUGUGCAGGUGGCCUUAAAAUGUGUUUGCAGUGAUGAAAACAACUAGAGUGUCUUGUUCUUUAAGUGGCCUUACACCUGUUUUAUUAAUGACAUCGAAAGAAAAACAGUAAUUGUUUUAAAAAUUGAAAAUUUGUAGUGUUUUUACAUUCGUAUGUAUUUUUUCAUCUUUUUUAAAAUGCCACUCCUUUUGAAGCAGUGUUCAUUUUAAGAGCUUAACUAUAUAUAUAUAUAUAUAUAU